CUUGUCCAUUCACAGUGUCUCAGUGUGAGCAGGUAGACGCAGCGGGGACACACUCACGACUCAAUGAGGUCCACCACAGGCUACCAGGAUGCCAUGGAAUUUCCACGUUUUAUCUUCAAUCCAAAGGAAGGGAUUGAUAAUCCAGCUCUGGUCAUCGCUGAUGAUCCUGAGCCUGACCACAGUCCGGUGCCCAGACUGUGCCAGCUGAAGCGUCUGGAGGGACAGAGCUUUGGCUUCUACCUGCGGGUGGUAAAGGACGGCCGAGGCUUUGAGAUCAGAGAUGUGGAGUCAUGGAGCCCUGCGGAGCACAGCGGCCUCAGAGAGGGAGACAGAGUGCUGGAGGUCAAUGACGAAUACGUGGACAACAUGGACUUCUACAGGGUGGUGAGGAAGAUCCAGUCAUGUGACUUACAUCUGUUUCUCCUGGUGCUGAGGCGAGAGGAGUAUGAGCAGGCAUUGUGUGUGGGUGUGGAUCUGCAGACAUUGGCUACAGCCACCAAAGGGGACUGCUACUCCAGACCCAGACUGUGUCACAUCAGCAGACACCCAGAGCAUGGCCUGGGGAUGACCAUCAUCUCAGUGGAAGGUCAGAAAGGCCAGCACAUCGUGAGCACAAUGACUGAUGGUCCAGCAGAGAGAGCUGGUGUCCACAGUGGAGACAGACUGAUCUGGAUCAACGGCGUCAUGGUGUCCACGCUCACACACUCCUCUCUCAACAGAACUCUGAAGAAGAGUGCGGACUCAGUGACAGUGCUGGUCAUUGAUAGUGGGAGUGAGUGUUGCUACAUCAGGAGGAAGAUGCCCAUCUUGCCUGUGGUGGCAGAAUGCUGCAGCCUCCCUCACACAGCCAAGACCAUGCAUCUGGUCAAAGGAUGUGAUGGGUACGGCUUCCUGCUGAGACAAGAGAAGCUGUCGGUCACACGACGAAUAGUUCAUGUGCUGCGGGAGGUGGAUGUGGGGAGUCCAGCUGAGGGGGCAGGGAUGGAGGAUGGAGACCUGCUGCUGGCAGUGAACGGGGAACCUGUGGAGUCCAUGGAGCAUGAUGACAUUGUCAAAAGGAUCAGACAGAGUGGUGAUAAAGUCAGCCUCAUCGCUAUAUCUAUACCAGGAAGAGACUUUUACAGACAGUUAAGCAUUUCUCCCCUGUUGUUCCAUGAGGAAUAUACAGACUGUGUCCCAGAUCAGACAGGAACAUUCACUACACAGCUGUCACAGAGAACAAAUGAUGCUUUCUUGUGAUGGAACUCUGCAGAUGAACUGAACACGAAUAACCAAAUCCAUCAGCAGACGGAGGACAGCGAAGAGCUCAGGGUGAAAGACACUAAUGAUGUCACUGCAGAAGCAUAUGAGAUUAUUUAUAUUUAAUGUUUUUGUGACACAAUCAGAGAUUAUUUCUCAGCCAAUAAAUGUUUGUACAGCUGUAUAUGUGGCAAGAGCUUAUAAGUGUGUGUGUCUGUCUCACAUCAGCUGUUGGUGUCAGUGGCUGUAUGUGAUAUGUUCAUUGUAUUAAGAUACAAAGUUUAGUAUGUGUAAUGUUAGGGUUUCAAUCUGAAUAGUUCAGAGCCCCCAAAGUCCCUUAAAUGUAUUUCUAUUUUAAUUUUGUCCACACAAGAUAAUAACAUGAGCACAGGAUACUGUCUUCAGAUUUAAGCCUGGCUGUUGUCUCUUAAGAGCAGAUGCAAAACUAUGAAUCAGAGUGUGAUCUUGAGCUGUGUGAGGCUGUCUUCAGCAUUUGCAUUAUAAGAGAGGAGUAUCAGACAACAAGGAUUGGCAUUCUUUAAAUGUCACAUUUAAUCUUUUCACCAUUAUUUUCCAGAUGGAACCUUUUGCGUAGAUCUCAUACGUUCCAAAAUGACAACCGUCAACUGGAUACCUAAUCAUUAACUUUGAUUUACAGUGCUUGAGAGCAGAGUUUAAUAGAUACAUCUAUGUACUGUAUAUACUGCAAGUUUUAUUCAAAUUACAAUGCAUCUGAUUAAAACAUCAAAUAUACAAACAUUGUUUAGGACAGCAAAUUAUAUGAAUCCAAAUAGUCCAGUAGUUGCUGAGUUGUGGUUAGUCUCUCACACAAAGUUUGUCAGUUAUUACUCUACAAUUUUCCAAAAUGAGCAUCAUUUGAUUCAAGUACUUCAUUCCAACACAAAAUAAAACAUAUAGGAAACUACUUUAUCUACACAAAGAGUUCAUACAGGCAAUGGGGAGGGAGAGUGACAACUUGUACCGCUGCUAGCUGUGCUCAUUCCUGAGAAAAGUCCCAUUCAGUUUCCAAUAGACACCCACAGCAUGUCUCAGUUCAAUUAAUCAGUCUUUUUCAGAAAGUCCUUGUUGAAUGGGUAAGAGAUGAUCCAUA